UCAACAAAAAACCAAGAAACACACAUUUACACACCCUUUUACUUCAUCAACAACACCUACUUCUUCUUUAGCUAAGUUUUUAUGUGGAAGUUACUUUCGUUGAUCAAAUUCUCGAAAAUUGUGUCACUUAUUUUCGUCGAUCAAAUUCAUGAGAUACCUGACAGUUGUCACCAACAACUCCAAUACAUAUUUGUUUGCAUAAAAUCCUACCAACCAUCACGAAAAUCGUGUUAGUUACUUUCUUUGAUCAAAUUCACGAGACUCACAACUCCUAUAUAUAUAUAUAUAAUUUUUUUUUCCAAACAAGCCUUCAUUUUUCAAAAACAUUACCAAAAAAACUACCUUUUUUUUUCUCUCUCUCUAUAUACACCUAUACAUACAUGUUUAGCUCUUUCUCUCUCUAUAUAUAUCAGCUUUCUCUCUCAACAAAAACUCAAGAAACUAACACAUUUACACACCCUUUUACUUCACCAACAACACCCACUUCUUCUUUAGCUAAGUUUUUUGUAGUUGAAGUUGGGGUUGGUGGGGUGGGGGUGGGGUGGGGUGGGGGGUUCGAAUGUAAUGGGUGGAGGAUUUUCUUCACAGCUAUUUCCAUGUCUUAACCCGGCAGUGAACCGGGCAGCUGAACCGGCUGAAGUAAUCUUAACUGGCGGUGGUGAACCGGAUCUUGAUGAUACACUUGGUCAUUCUUUCUGUUAUGUAAGGUCAUCGAACCGGUUUAUUUCUCCUACAAAUUCAGAUCGGUUUAUUUCACCUUCUAAUUCACUCCGGUUCGAUAGUAAACCGGCCGGUUCAGUAGAAACCGGGUUCAGAGCUAUUUCAGGUGCUUCUGUAAGUGCAAAUAGUUAUACUCCUAAAAUUGUUAGUCAACUUGAUGAUAUUUACGAUAAUGCCACUGGUACUGGUAGUAGUGGUGGAGACACUAGUAGUGUUGUAGGUUUUGGUGGUGCUAGUGCUAGUGGUAGUGUUGUUAAGGGUAGUGUUGUAAAUGGCUUUGAAAGUACGUCGUUGUUUUGUGCAUUGCCUUUACAGCCGGUUCCCCGUGGCGAUGGUGAACCGGCUGGUUCAAUGGAAAGAGCAUUUUUUAUGUCCGGUCCGAUAGAGAGAGGUGCUCUAUCUGGACCGUUAGAUGCCCCCGCUAGCUCGGAUGGAGCUGGCGGGGGUGGAGGUGGAGGUGGAGGAAGGGAUGGAGUUCCCUUCUCAGCUCCAUUAGGUGGAAUGUAUGUAAAAAAGAGGAGAAAGAAGGGUAUUUCGGGUAUUAGGAAGGCAUUUUAUAGGAGGCCGUGGGUUGUUCCGGUGAGGAAUUUUAUAGGGAGGAAGGAAAUUACGGGUGGUGGAAACUGUACUCGUGAUUCGGAUGUAGGGAGUGAUAGUAAUGUACAAUGGGCGUUGGGAAAAGCCGGUGAGGAUCGUGUACAUGUAGUCGUAUCGGAGGAACAUGGAUGGCUUUUCGUUGGGAUUUAUGAUGGGUUUAAUGGUCCCGAUGGACCUGAAUUCUUGAUGAGUAAUCUGUACAAAGCAAUGUACAAAGAAUUAGAGGGUUUGUUUUGGGGUAGUGAAGAUACUAGCAAUCAAGAAGUGGUCGUUGAGGACUCAAAUGAAUCAAAUUCGAAUCAAGAACCUAACCCCACGAGUAGGGGAGUAGGAGAAAGUGAAAAUGAAGUUAAUUUGGAACAGAUAGAUAAAGAGUCGGAGAAGAAGGUGACGUUUCAAUCAGGGGAAAUAGUGGUUAGGAGGAGGAGAUUGUGGGAAUAUUUAGAAGAAGCUGAGGCCGAGGAUGGUCUUGAUCUUUCAGGUUCGGAUAGAUUUGCAUUUUCAGUAGAUGACGCUUUAAGUGUAAAUAGUGCAGGUUCAGCAGUUAAUAGGAGGUCGUUGUUGUUGUCGAAGUUGAAACAUGGAUUGUUAGUUAAGCAUAAAGAGAGUAAGAGGUUAUUUCCAUGGAAAUUCGGAUUGCAAGCUAAAGAGAAAGUUGAAGUAGGCGAGAAUAGAGUAGAAGAAAGGACUAAUAGAAGCGAACGGAAGCGUAAGGUGGGUCCGGUUGAUCAUGAGUUGGUUUUGAGAGCAAUGUCAAGAGCUCUCGAAGUUACUGAGCUCGCAUACUUGGAUAUGACAGAUAAAAAUCUUGAUCAGCAUCCUGAGGUUGCAUUAAUGGGUUCUUGUUUGUUGGUUGCUCUGAUGAGAGAUGAAGAUGUGUAUGUAAUGAAUGUGGGAGAUAGUCGCGCUAUUGUGGCACAGUACGAGCCUGAGGAGUUUAGUUCUAGUUUAGAAUCAAGAGGUCCAUGUAUUAGUGAAUUGGCUGUUGAGGGUAUUGUUGAAGAACCUGAAGUUGCCGUCGAUGUGGAAAAUAAGGUGAUGAAUGAUAUACCUAUUCAAGAUGCUAAGCUGACUGCCUUGCAAUUGUCUACUGAUCACAGCACUAGCAUUGAAGAAGAAAUCACUAGAAUUAAGAAUGAACACCCAGACGACAGCAGAUGCAUUGUUAAUGGUAGAGUGAAAGGCCGUCUAAAGGUCACUCGUGCUUUUGGAGCAGGCUUCCUUAAAAGGCCUAAAUUGAAUGAGCCAUUGCUAGAAAUAUUUCGGAACGAAUAUAUUGGGGAUGCUCCUUACCUAUCUUGUACACCCUCGCUGCGACAUCAUAAACUGUGUCCCAAGGAUCAAUUUUUAGUGCUCUCUUCUGACGGCUUAUACCAAUACUUCAGCAAUCAGGAGGUUGUUUGUCGUGUUGAGAAUUUCAUGGAGAAAUUUCCUGAUGGGGAUCCUGCUCAGCAUCUGAUUGAGGAGCUCUUAUUCCGUGCAGCCAAGAAAGCCGGAAUGGAUUUGCAUGAACUACUGAACGUCCCCCAUGGAGAUCGUAGGCAGUACCAUGACGAUGUUACUGUUAUGAUAGUAUCUCUCGAAGGAAGAAUUUGGAAGUCAUCUGGGAAAUACCUCUGAGUUGUGUUCAUCAUCUUCUGGCGAUAUGUAUUCCAUGUAUAGCAAUGCUGCAAUUUUGAUCUCUUGCUCCGGUUAUACCCUCGACAACACACCCAAAACUAGUGCUAGAUAUACGACAUGGCUCUCGCGAAAGUAGAAGUUUUGUAGUUGGGAUUGCUCAGAACUGGAUCUUUUCAUUUAGUUUCUUCUUAGAUUUUGCAUAGUUGGAUUUUUUUUUUUUUUUUUUUUUCCCCCCCCCCCCCCCCCCACCCCAUCUACCCUUUGUAAUCUUUUGAAGGUGGAUUUCCAUUUUCCACCAAUGUGGUUUACAUAGAAGAGUACCUUGUUGAAUCCUUGUGUAAAAAAGUCUUUUACAGAAUGGGGUAAAGAGAAAAGGUUUACCAUAUGAUAUGGUCCAUAUCUUUUUGU